AUGGAUAAUCCUGACACUCAGGAUGGAGUAUUAUUUUUAAUUGCAUCUGAAAUAUCGCCUUUUGUACGGAACAUGUGGUCUUGUGAUGAUGAUUGUCAUUACCAUUGUAUGUGGGAUACUGUGAAUUCUUUCAGAGAACGAUCUUGGGAUGUUCCUCAGUUUCAUGGAAAAUGGCCUUUCAUCAGAAUCUUUGGGUUACAAGAGCCAGCUUCAGUGUUGUUUUCAAUUUUCAACUUGGUUGCUCAUUUCAUUAUGUUUCGACAAUUUCGCCAGGAAGUAAGAAAAACAAGUCCUAUGUAUUAUCUGUGGCAUGCAUAUGCAGUUGUAUGUUUAAAUGGAUGGUUUUGGUCUGCUGUCUUUCACGCUAGAGAUGUUCCAUUCACAGAAAAAAUGGACUAUUUCUGUGCAUUUUCUAUGGUUUUAUUUUCAUUUUUCUCAAUGAUAUUAAGGCUUCUACAGGGCAGAUAUACUUUUGUGGCAAUUUUUUUGUCCGUUUUCUGUAUAAUUUUCUUCAUUCAUCAUGUCACAUACUUAUCUUUAGUUCACUUUGACUACAGUUACAACAUGCUUGCAAAUGUGGCUGUAGGAGCAGUUACCACACUUGGUUGGUUGAUGUGGGCGUCUUUAGUGAGAAAGCAACAGCCUUAUGUGUGGCGCUGUGCUGCUUUUUCAGUCUUAACUGGCCUUUGUGUUUGUUUCGAAGUUAUUGAUUUUCCUCCGAUACUAUGGAUAGUGGAUGCUCACUCACUAUUCCAUUUAAGUACAGCAGGUCUUCCUAUACUAUUUUACAGGUUUUUGAUUGAUGACUGCAAGUACUUACACAAACAGGUUGAACUAGCUCGAGAUGAAACAUUCACAAGAAAGAAGCAGUAAUUAUAAUUCUAGUCAGAUUAUGUGUAUAAUUAUUGUAUUCUUAUGCAGAGAUUUGCUACCACACUGAUUUUAUUACUAUGUGGUCAUCAUCAGCAUCACCAUCAACAUCAACAUUAGGAAGGUUUAGGUCCCAUGGCCUGUUCCUUCUUUCCAGUAUUCCUGCACAUUAUAGUUAAGGUGUUCUUGUCCUUCCACCAUUUCCUUGGUCUGUCAGAGUCUCUAUAUCUUCCUGGUCUGUAGUUUAUUACUAGGGGGCAGAUUUUGAUGACCUAAAAUAUCACCAAAAAUGAUCAUUAAAAUUCCCUUAAAAUACAGAAAAAGGACGUUAAAAAGUUGAUCAAAACCAGUUCAGAUGAACAAAUCAACCUGUUGAAUUAUAUUACUGAUGUAAUCAAGGCUUCUUCCUUUCUUUCAAGUGAACACUUGUCCAUCUGAACACUUCAAGUGAAGUCCUUCCAGAUGUUUGGUUUGGACUCUUCGGGAUAACUAAAGACAGAUUUCCUAAAGAAAUCAGCCAUCUUACAAUGGUAGUCAUCUCUGGAACCUUAGAUUACAUACUCGAAAUGGCUGGCAUUAACAAAUUCUGAAUGAAGAAAUCGAAUAGGCUACUCAGGAAUUCUAUGGAAAACGUUUGUUGCAAUUUGUAAAUACUAUUUGAAGCAAGUACCAUUAAAAUGGUAUUAAAAUCAAUGAAUCAGCAAAAAAGGUUUUAAAAAGACAAAGCGAAAAUGACUUAUUAGUCGAAAUUAUGAAAAUGAAAAGAAAAAAAUAACAAAAAUGGCUAAU